CUGGUCAGAACAGAAAGCUACUCCUUUCAGGUGCACGCCUGUAUAAAAACAUCCAGAGCAUGCAUCUGCCUGCAGGGAACUUCCAGUACCCUCUACUACAGCAGCUCUUUUGCCAUGAUCUCUGCACAGCAGCCACUGUUCUCCAACAAAAUUCAAGGAGGCAUGGACUGCCUAACUGAAGAAGAAGAAGAAAUAUUUGAAGAGCAGUAUGACUCUGAAAACUGCCUCAGCAGCUCCACACACGCACCGACAGCCGAAUCCAACUCAGAUUCACCAGUAGUUCUUAGCAUACUACAGAACUGGGUUCCUAGAGUCUCGCACUACUUUGAUAAAGAACACUACACCUACGCUGGCCACCAGAUCGUCAUUCAGGAGUCCAUAGAAUACUUUGGAGCAGUGGUGUGGCCGGGGGCACUGGCUUUAUCUCAGUAUCUGGAAUCAAAUCAAGAACAAUUCAACCUCAAAGACAAAAAAGUUUUGGAAAUUGGUGCUGGCACAGGCUUGGUUUCCAUUGUGGCCUGUAUCUUAGGAGCAUACGUUACAGCUACUGAUUUGCCUGAAGUUCUUGACAAUCUCUCAUAUAAUAUUUCAAGAAAUACACAAAACGUGAAUAUGCACAAACCUGAAGUGAGAAAACUGGUUUGGGGAGAGGGCCUCAAUGAAGACUUUCCUGUAUCAACUCACCAUUAUGAUUUCAUACUGGCAACUGAUGUUGUAUACCAUCAUGCAGCUUUGGACCCCCUGCUGGCAACAAUGGAGUAUUUUUGUAAGCCAGGAACAGUAUUACUGUGGGCAAAUAAAUUCAGAUUCAGUACAGACUAUGAAUUUUUGGAGAAACUCCGCAAUAUAUUUAACAUAACCAUUCUAGCAGAAUUUCCAGAAUCAAAUGUCAAGCUGCUUAAAGCCACAGUAAGAGAGAAUUAA